AUGGCCGAACCGCCGCAGGCAUCAGGCAAAGCCAUGACUCCAGACGCCAUCGCAGACCUUCUGGCAUCCGCCUCAUCAUGGGCGAACCCCGGCGCCGAGGACCAGGGCCGCGCUCACAGGACGGCUUUGCUGAGUGACGUGCUGUUUACGGCGCAGCAGUUGUGGUUCGCGGGGAGUCAGGAGUUCGACCUUGUCGCAGAGAAGCUGGGCGAUGGAAGUCGAGAUGCUUCAUGGAGACUUCCGCUAGGCGACUCGGGAAUCGUCGACUUCUUCCUCACCGUCAUCGUCACCCCGGAUCUCCGCCCAGCCUUGAAGAAACACUCGCUCCGUCUCAUCGGCAACUCAUGCGCCGACACAGAUGAGAACCGCGCCCGCGUCGUCGCCUCAAACGCUCUUCCCGCCAUCAUCACCUUCCUCUCCGACGACGUCGCCCUCCCCUUCGCCGUCCCGGUCCUAUACAACAUCCUCGUCGACUACGAGCCGGCCCAACAGGCAGCCUCAACCGCCUCUCUAACCCUCUCCCUCGUCGACCUCCUCACCAGCCCGCGUCUCGCCAAUGCCCAGCACCUCCUAGGCAUCAUCAGCAAGAUCCUCGCCCUCCUCGCGACCCACGAGACAGAAGCCACCCUCGCGCCCCCGCAAACCCCGGCUCUCCUCCUCACCCUCGCCCUGACCCCGACGACAGACGCGGAGGACUUCGUCUCCCUCGUCGCCGUCGCCCUGGCCUACCUCACCCACGCCCCGAUCCAAGAGGCCCUCAUCACCACGAACUCCGUCCCCAUCCUCCUCGCCACCUUCUACCACCUGCAGACCCAGCUCGAGGCCAUCCGGGUCGAGGACGAGGACGCCGCCGUCAUGCUCAAGGCCCUCCCGCAGUCCUUCGUCCAGCUCCUCGCCGACAUCUCCUACGCCGACGCCUUCACCAUCUACAACCCCAUCGGCUCCCCCGUCCUCCAGACCCUCCAGUCCUGGCUCUCCAUGCCCAACGUCCACCUCCAGUCCGCCGCCUGCCUCUGCCUCGGCAACGUCGCCCGCUCCGACGAGGCCUCCUACGCCCUCGUCAGGGACCACGCCGUCCACCUCCCCCUCGUCGACCUCCUCCGCGUCUCCAAGGACUCCAUCCUCCUGCACUCCGCCCUCUCCUUCCUCAAGAACCUCGCCAUCCCGCCCCAGAACAAGCCCCUGCUCGGCGACGCCGGCCUCCUCGACGCCGACAUCCUCCCCCGCAUCUGGGCCCUCGACGUCAACCCCCAGGUCCAGUUCUCCGCCGUCUCCCUCACCCGCCUCCUCCUCGUCAACACCCCCUCCAACGUCCGCCGCCUCUGCGCCCCGCUCAACCCGGACCCCCUCUCCCCCUCCCACGACACGACCCACUUCCACCGCCUCCUCGACCUCUUCGCGCGCUCCGACGCCGAGCACACCCGGACCGAAGCCGCCCGCGCCGCCGCCGCCGUCUGCCGCGUCCUGCACACCGCCCCGAUCCCGCCCCUCCUCCCGGACUGGGACCCCGCGGAUGACGGCUACGUCUUCCGUCCCGAGAAGCCGCUCUCGCCCACGGCGGCCGCCGAGGCCGGCUCCGAGAGCGGCGACGCGAGGCGCAGGGAGAAGUUCUACCGACAGCACGCGGCGCUCAACAAGGCGCUCGCGUUCCUCGUGACGCAGACCAAGUUCCCCGUGCUCCGCAGCGAAGCAUGGUUCGUCUUCGCGCUCAUGUGCCGGUCCAAGGACGGCGCCGGCGUCGUGAUUCGCGCGUUGCAGGUGCAGGGCGCGUUCGAGGCGCUGACGGAGUCCAUCACGGGGCGGAGCUUCUCCGGGGAGGAGGGGGAGGAGCAGAAGACCAUCACGAGCGGUCAAGAGGCCGUGGUCGUCGGGGGCGGCGGGGGUGAUAAUGCGGCAAUGGUGGACGGUCUGGGGCUGGAACCGCAGGCGACGGACCCGGCCCAGGCGGCGGGGAUGAAGAAGGUUGAUCGGGAGAACGGGCUCGUCAUGGUCAGCGAGCUGGUGAGGAGGCACAAGGAUGAGUUGCCUGCUGUGCGGAGGGCUGCGUUUGAGGAGAUGUUGAGGGAGGGCGGGGAGAUGCUUGUUGAUGAGAAGAGUAAGGAGGAUGCAUAG